AUGGUUGCUAUCUCGACUUCGCCACGCUCGACUGACAUGGGUUUUGGUAACAUGCCUGCACCGGGCAUCAACAAAUGUCGGUAUAAGACCGGCAAAUGCGUUAAUACCCGCUCCAAGAAGCGAAAUGGCCAGUUGCAUCAGCUUUGCAAAUAUCAUCGCGACAAGGCGAACGGGAUUCAGCGGAGGUUUGACCGUCAAAAACGUGAGUUAGAACGUGCUCUGAAGCUUACUGGCUUGCACACUUUUGAUUCUCCAAUUUCGACAUCGACAAUGGACUGCACUAAUGUCGCGGAACUGACGUCCAUCAUGACCACUUUGGAUGCUUCUCCGACCGGGUCCACAAAUUCGACCACUUCGAUGACGUCUGAAUCCUACUCAUCACUCUUGUUGAGCAAUGUCGACGCAUUCUCGCCCGACUCACCGGAUUGCGAAUUGAACGAGAGCGUCUGGGCAGACCUUCCCGUAAACGAGUCAUCAUUUUACGGCGAGGAUUCGGACAUGCCGUUGCCUAUAACUUGCAAUCAAAGCUACUUGUCUGUCGACGAAAUCGACUUCCUCUGCUCUGCCAUUCUUGAGUAA